AUGGACACCCGGCCAAGGGCUCGCUUCAUCCUUGGCGGCUGCUGCAGCAACGGCGCAGCAUCCAGCCUUCCCCUGAAGCAACAAGUCGUUAAGCUACCUAACAGCUUGUACGCCCGGCGAAACUGCCUGCGCGGCCGAGACCCUGCCGACUGCUUUCGGCAGCGGACUCGGAUCCAGUCCUCGCAAAACGGCGGCCCUGCCCUGCCCGAUCCGCGACAGCAACAAAAUCAUUUGGAACCAGGUGGAUCCAGACCGGAUCAGAUCCUGGGAUGCGUGAUGAGCCCUGCGGAACGCAGCGAACCGGAGGACACUGGCAGUAACAGCGGUGUUGGGCUGGGUGUUGGCGGGUCCAGCUUCCCUGUCCAUCCUCGUCACCACGACAGCCUGCCGCCCAUGUCGUACGGGUCGUACAGCUCCCAGAUACAAGCCGUUCUGGAAGCCGCGGCGGCGUCAGCGGCCCAGGCACUGGUCGCACAGCUCCGUCAUGGUACAGCAUGCAGUACAUGCAGUACGGCAGCAAGCGAAGGCCAAGGGAAGGGUCAGUCCGAAGGGCCGCCUGGUCCGGAACUUGGUUCCGGAGUCGCACUUGAGGCGGGGGAUCGAGGGCGGCAGCUCGCAGCGGCCGAACAUCAGGACGCAGAGGAGGAGGAAGAGGUGGCGGCGGCGGAGGAGGAGGAGGAGGAGAAGCGAGCCGCACACGCCGCGGAGACGGAGGCGGAGAGAGACGUGGAGAUGGAGACGGCGGCUGUGCGGAUGGAUGCCGAGGAGGAGGAGGAGGAGGAGGGAGUGGCGGCGGCGGCGGCGCGGCGACAAGGUAAGGAGGGUACGGCUCUCAGCGGCGGCGAGGGCAGCGGCUGCAGCAGUGGCGGGGAGCCGGUUCAGAUUCUGGGACAUGCAGCGGGACAGGAACUGGAAGCGCCAACUGUCGCGACCACUGAAGGUGGUGGCGGCGGCGCGGGCGCUGGCGACGGUGAAGAUGGGACGGCGGCCGCCGUUUGGCUCGGAGCCGCCAAUGUCGACAACAGAUUUCCAGCGCCUGCUGCUGCCGCCGGCCCUUUCCCCGCCGCCGCCGGCCCCUCUCCCUCUGCCGCUGCCGUCAGCAUCAGCACCGAAGAGCAGGCCAGUCCACCGUCACUCGAUCUCGUAAGGGACCCUUUGGAGGAAGCUGUACGGCACCAGCAACAAGAGCAGGACCACCAUUUUGAGCCCCAGCAAGGCCCUCAUUCGCAGUACGAGCAGCCGCAGGCGACUGAGGCGGUGGUGGCCCGGCAGCCCGACUACUCCGCCGACGGCGCCGCAUCGGCGCCGCUGGGCGAAUUGGCGACGACCGACGCCGCCACCUGCCGAGCUGGGAAACAGCGGGACGUUGCCGACAGCAGCAGCGGCGACCACAACUUAACGAAGCCCGAAGCGGCGGUAUCGGCCGCUCCGCCGACGGUGGCGGCGGCGGCAGGUCCUCUGUACGGGGCCAAGCUCCCCGGGCUAGGGCAGCCGACGGACCGGUCUGCAGAGCUUGAGCUGCAGCCGCCGCCGCCCCCGCCGCCGGAGCAGCGGCAGCAGCAGGAGGGGGGGAGGUUGAUCCCUACGGCGGGGGGUGGGGGGGAAGAGAAGCGCAAUGUGAUGGCGGCUGAUGGCCACAGCGGCAGUGGCGGCGAUGCGGCCGUACCGGUAGCGCAUCACACGGUCCCGCCGUCGCCGCCGCUGGCACCCCCGGAUGCCGCUGAGGCGGUCAGUGACGAAGGGAAGAGGGAGUGGGGGGGAGGUCGGGCAGAUGCCACGGCUCCGUCUUCCGCUGCGGCGGGGGGGCCGGCACCACCGCCGCCGUUACCGCGGCGGGCACAGAAGCCGAAUGACGAGACGGCGGCCGUGGCCGCGGCGGCGCAUCGCUCCGCUCCCGUCCCCGUACAGCUGGCGUACGGCGUGGUGAACUUCAGCGCCUGGGUUCUUUCAGCUGUGUUGCGGGCGAUGGGCUGGGUGCUGACGGCGGCAGUCCGUACGGCAUGGCGGCUGAUAACGACGGUGACGGGUAUAACACUGGCGAUCCCUCGGGGUCUAUUGACGGCGGUGGUGACGGCUGUACGGAAGCUGGGCGACGCCGCCGGAUGGGCGGUGCUGCCGUACCAUGAGGCUGCGGUUGGCGACGCCACCACGACACCAGUGCCAUCGCUCGGCGGCGGCGCACUGCCCGCUGGCGGCGCCGCUGCCAAAGGUCUGGGCUCGGCUCUAGCCAACGCCGCCGGGGCGACGCCGACGUUGCCGGCGGCGGCGGCGGCGCUUGCGGGACAGACAGGGAUGGCUGGCUUGCCGGGAGUGUACGGCGCCGGCGCCUUAGGCCCGGCUUACGGCCUUGCGACACCGGGCCUGCCGUACGGAGCUGCCGGCAUGCCGCUGCCGUUAGCUAGCGGAGCUGGUGCGGGUGGUCUGGUGGGGGCCCCCCUGACAGCAGCUUCGGCGGCGGCGGCGAUACCAGUGGCGGCGGCGGCCCAGGCGCCCGUCAUGGGUGCUGGCCAGGUGCCGUACAAUGGCGCAACGGCCGAUAGCGCCGGUUCCAGUAUGGGGUACGGCGUUCCUGCCGGCGGCGACGGCGGGUAUUAUAACAGCAGCGGCAACGGCAAUGGCCGGGCCAGCGGCGGGGGCGGCGGUGGGGCCGGCGGCGGUAGCAGUAGCGGCGGCGGCGGCGGUGUGGGCGACAGGGUGGAGGUCCCUGAUGAGAUGACGGCGGCAGCUCCGGACGGGAGUGGCGCGCCAGGUGUCAUCGCCACGGCACUGGAGGCCCUAGUGUACGGCUGGGGACAACCCCACCACCCGGGUCUUGGGGGCGCGGCACAGCUUGUACGGGAUCAGGAGAUUCUGACAGACGGGUGGGGGGAGGAGGCGGUGGAGGCGGCGGAAGCUGCGGGCGGUACGGCACUGGCGGGCGGCCUGGGUGCUGCGGCCCUUCCUGGAGCUGCUGGCGCCGGUACGAUGGUUGGUGCCGCGGUUGGUGCUCUGGUUGGCGGCUCCGUGGGGCCGCUAGCCGGUCCGCUGGGGGCGGCGCUGGGGGCCGCUCUGGGGGCGGCCGCGGGGGGCCAGGUGACGGGUGACGUGAGUGUACGACCCACGAAGUUUCCUCUCGUUGCCACCGCCGCCACCGCACCCAAGGCAUUUGGAUGGGUGGCCCCCUUCCCAAGGUGCUCACCGGCCCUGGCGGUGGUGGUGGCCAAUGACAGCCUGGCUUUACUAGGCGCAUUGGUGGGCGCCCUGGUGGGGGGCCUGUCGGGACUCGGGCUGCGGGCGCUGCUGCUGGCGGCGGCGGCAGGGGCGGGACUGGCAACUGCCAUGACGGCGACUGGGCGGACGUACACGUACGUCAGCCGCCUCUUGAGCCGAGCCCCUUCGGGCGUCGCAGAAUUUCGCUUGCUGCCGCCAUUCAACCCCUCGACUAGCCGCGAGGACAGUGUCCACUACGAUAAUGUCUUCCGACUGUUGGCCUCAGUUUUUCCCGAAAACAAAGCGCAGCUCAAGGACGCCGUGUACUGCGGCCGCAAGCCCACGGAACCCAGCUGCAAGCUGGUCGACAGCAACCGGCAGUUCGUUGAGUCCCGCAAUGACAACUGCCGCCAGCGCCAGCGAAAGGCCACUGCCGACAAAGCUGGAAAGCUCGCCAACCCUCGGAAGGAGGAAGGUGGCCGCAGGUUCAAGGAGCAAUGGGCCGUGAAGCACCCCUACGACUCCUGCCUGGUAGCAGGACUGUGGCUAGGCGGCCGGCUGGUGUGUGCCGCCUCCGCACGGCUCCACCUACCCCCCACUGAAUGUCGUGCGGGUGCGGGUGCGGGCAGCAGCAGGCGGCAUGUGCAGAUUCUGUUCCAGGGAACGGCUCCGAAGCACAGGCGCGGAGGUCUGGGCCGCCUGUUCACCCGCUGCAUCUUGCGGGCUGCAGCGGCCGCAGAACAUGAGAUCGCCACUGUGGUCGUGGGCGACCGGGACGUGGAGGGCUACUGGGCCAAGCUGGGUUUCAGCCGGCCUGGGUCUGACCCGUGGGUCGCUCCGCCACUCAGCGCCAGCCUAGCGGCCAUCUCCAUGCGGGCGGCUGAAGCCGGCGAGCCUUACGCCAUGCGCUGUCCCGUGUGGUACACAUGGCUGGCAGCUCCGGACCCAGGACAGCUGCAACUGCUGCAGCGGCAGCAAAAGCAGCAGCGGCAGGGGCACCAAGGCCGGCAGCUGCAAUACCAGUGGCCCCUGCUAGCCUACCAGCUAAUAGGCUGUAAAGGGCUGUGUGGCGGUUCCGGUGGGGUGCGGGAGGCCGCCCGCCAGGUGGUGGAUCGAUACACGGUCGCCGCCGCCGCUGCGGCUGCUGCGGCUGCUGCUGCUGCCACCGCGUCAGCAGGGGUAACUGCCCCCUCAGCAGCCGCACCUCGCUCGGAGUGGCGCCCCGCCGCCGUCCCCCCGAGGGGGGUCCCCGCGGACGACGUCCCGACGGUGAUGGUGACGUCGGCUGAACGGAGCCCCGGGGCCUCUGCAGACAUGGCCAUCGUUAUCUCUAAUCCUAAUCAUGAUGAUGAUGAUGAUGAUGAUGACAGCAACGGAAAAAGUGAUGUGGACAGCAACGGCGGCACGGGCAGUGGCAAAGGGAAAAGCGCCGCAGACCCAGAUACCACACAGACGCGAAUCGAUAUAGCGGAAAGGGAUAUGGACAGUGCUAGCGACAGGGCCGGCAUCCGUGCAGCCAGGCUCAGCCCUUCACCGCCGCAGACCAUUCGCUGUUCCUCUACCCUGUCGCUUUGGGAGCCCCACAGUCGCCCCCAGCCGCCGUCGCAACCUGGCAAACACGAGUUGCGGCAGCAGCAGCAGCAGCAGCGAAUGCAGCAGCGGUGGCAGCGGCGGCUGUCGGGGCGACAUCGACAUGGAUCACUUCUACCGCUGCCGUCACUUAAUCCUGAUCCUAAUCCAGUUCCUCAUCCUCAUGCACAACCGCAAACGUGGGCGCAGCUGAGGGCGCUCACGACCCCUGACAAGCCGCCGCGGCUCCCAGUCAGAGCUGACGAGCUGGCUGACGGAGCUGACGAGCUGGCUGACGGAGUUGACGAGCCGGCUGACGGAGUUGACGAGCCGGCUGACGGAAUUGACGAGCUGGCUGACGGAAUUGACGAGCCGGCUGACGGAAUUGACGAGCUGGCUGACGGAGUUGACGAGCCGGCUGACGGAGUUGACGAGCUGGCUGCUGCGGCUCCAGCGGCAACGGUAGCAGUAGCAGGUGAUGUGGGUGUUGAUGAGCUGCAACGCGUGGGCUUCCCGGUCGUAUGGGGUCGGGUGUACGAGGGCACCCUGCGGGAUAUUGACCACCGAAUUCGGCAACGUAUUCGAACCUUCCGCUAG